AAGCGUGGUCACAUGAUCGAAGCUUUACAAAGAUGCACAUACUAGGAAGCUGUGAAAGCUCAACUGUAAGAAAGAUGAUAUAAACAUAGCAACCAACACAAUGGCAGAAGGUGGUGACCGAGAACCUGUGGCCAGUUCAUCUGGGAGUCUGCGUCCGUCUUUCUCUUUGGGAAGAGGACUGGCAGGACGCUCGUUACUGAAUCCUCCACCUCCGGGCAGACUCACAUCCCUGCGCUCCAGAGACCUGACACUCGGGGGAUAUAAAAAGAAAACAUUUGUACCAAACGUCCACUCCAUCCGUAAAAGCAAAGACGAGUUAAAGGAGGAGCCUCGUACUGCGCCGAAGAAGGAGAGAAGAGAAAGGGAGGACAGGCAGAGAGAGCGCAGGCGGAGAGAGAGACCCCAGACUAUUCAGUCACACUCCAUUUUUGAACAGGGUCCUGCAGACACCUUCAGGAAAACAGGAAAUUGGGGAACCACAAAUCUAAGCGACUAUGAUCCUUCAAUUCUUACUAGGAGUGUUAAAAAGGAGAGGAACGUUCCUGAGGAGAAUGACGAUGGAAUUUUAGAAAAGCUUCAGCGAGAUGAUUUCAUAGAUGAUCCUGGCCUGAAAAACGACCCCAAACAGACACCAAUAAGACUUCCACUGCAUCAAUCAUUCGACUACUUGGCAACAGACACGUCAACAUCUUUAAAAGAAGCGCUGUCUGAUCACACUUGUUCGAAGUCAGUAAAAACGCACGAGAGGAUUCCAACACAAACGAGUGGAGCUUCUGCAGGUCCUCAGCCUCCUAGUGUCGGAGAUCUUUUCCAGCAGAUGAGCGUUUCAGAGAAGGAAGAGCUUUUAUUCAUCCAGCUUCCCGACACCAUUCCUGUCCCCAUAAAAGCUCUAACAAGUGAAAAGUCUGUGAAAAAAUGUGAUGCAGAAGACAAGCGUGCCUCAUAUUUCAAAGCACAAGAUCCAGGGGAGAAAGAGGCUGCACCUGUGCUCUCGGACUUCACAGAAGGAUUCGUAGGAAAAGUGCAAAUUAGGAAAUCUGGCAAAGUGCAGCUAGUCAUAGGGGACAUUACACUGGACGUGUCGGAAGGUGCAGCUUUCUCUUUUCUGCAGCAACUCGUGUGUGUGCGGCUCACAGAGGGUCUGACCGGUGACAUGACAGUGCUUGGGGAUGUCAAACACAAGCUGGUGUGUUCACCUGACUUCGAGGAUCUUCUAAAAGGGUCAAGACUCCGUCACACAUCCAGCCACUCUUAAAGACUAUUCAGAGAGGAUAAGCUUUCCAGACAGCCUGUAAAGUAAGGUUACCAGAGGACGUUUGUAAAAAUUGUCACUGAUUUGCAGUUAUAUAACCUGUUAUCGGAGGACGUGUGGCCAGGGCUUGAUACUCUACACGGCUAUAUGACAUAUGUAGGCUGUACCUGUGUUAAGAACACAACAGCCAUCAGACUCGUCACAGAAGCGACCGAAAGUCGGAUGUUUUAAACUCAAAACUUUUACAUUUCAGCUCGGCUGUAGAAAACGAUUGCUUUCUGGAGUCUCCUUGAAGAAAAAGGAGAACAAUUCAUUUUCACAGAAUAUGAUGGACUCAUUUACAUUUAUUCAUUUAGCAGACAAUAAAAAAAUGAAAGUCCAAAGCGACUUACAGAUGAGGAAAUACAAGUAAAGCGAUAUAUCAAGCGGAGAACGAUACAAGUAGUGCUAUCAUACAAGAUCCAUUAAUUGAGUUCUAGAGAAGCAAAGUGUGCAGAGUAGGAUUUUUUUUUUUAGGAUAAUGUGUGGUUGGCGUUUUAGGGGUUAGUUAGGUGAUGUGGGUCUUUAGCUGUUCUUUUGAAGAUAGUGACAGAUUCUGCAGUGCAGAUUGAGGUUGGAAGUUUAUUCCACCACUGAGGGACAGUUAAUGUAAAGGGGCUGUUCCAGACGAGGUCUUGUAGGUGAGCAUCAAGGUCUUGACUCAUUACUUUACAGUCCUUUUAUAGUAGGGGAAGGAUGACAUAAACCAGGGCUUCCCAAACUAGGGGGUUGUGAGGAAAAACUAACACUCAUUUGUUUUAAAUUAAUAUAAUGGAUAUUAACUAUGAAAAUGGAUUUUGUAUGCUACUAUUUUGUAACGUUCCUCAUUCUAACAAGCCACGUUUGAAUGAAGUGUGUGUGCACUAUUUUACGUAGUUAUAGCUAUACUGACACUGUACUAGUGUUUUUUUUUUUUUUUUUUUAAAAAGUCAAUUUCUCAGUCCAUCCACUUCCACUAGUUCCUCGCCAACAUGGCGUUCCUCUGACUCAUCGGGAACAAAAGACGUCAAAGACACCGAGAUAUUUAUUGAAUACGGAUUUACAAACAUGAUGGUGAAUAAUGAGGAGAAACCAACAUGCCUGAUGCCCGAGUUGUGGUGCAUUGCAAAAAUACCCAGAGCACACAGAUAUUUGUUUGUGUGCACUGACAAUGAUUGUUCCCUUUGCUAGCUUUAUCAUGCAGUAUAAAGCCUAAUUCAGUGGUCUUAUCUGCAUUAAAGUAAGGAAUAAUACAUGGUGGUAUAAGAGGGAGAACACAAUUUGUGCAUGCAGUUAUAGGACGAUAAUACACAUCAGGAUGGUGACAGUAACUCUGCUCCCUGUCAGCCGGUCACACCACCCCAGUGUGGAUUAUUUUACCCAUCAUUCAAAACAUGAUGCACCCUUUCAAACACCCGUCCUGGCGUUUCGCUAUAUAAAAAUGCAAGUUCACCCGUCCCACUAGACAGUGCAAGGAAUAUUUUUGUUUGUUUGUCCUGUGCCCCCAGUAUAGUUGUUCCAGAUAUACAACCACACAUUCUGUAUAAAAUACACUCCAAUUACAUUCCCACUUGAUCAUGAUCAGUUUCUAUUUUAAUAGUGUAAUACUGUGUGUGCUUCCUGUUGUUUGAAUUUGUUACAUUGUAUAGAUACUUCAUGUUGCUUGUUUCUUUUAUAUAAAAUGUAGAUAUUUAUUAAGUAAAAGAUACGAUACAAAACA